AUGUCCUCCGCUUCUGUGAACUCCUCUUCGUCCUCAGAGAAGUCCGCCGCUUCCAGGAAAAUCUCGUCCGUGUCGUCCUCACUCUCUGACGACCCUAAUUCUUCUUCCUUUUCGGGCUCUGGGCCCCAAUCAGACUCGUUAAAGCUAUGGUGCGAGUCUGUUUCGUCUUCGAAGGCCUUGCUUGCGGCCCUCAGAACGUCUGCUGGUAUUCCCAGCUCUUCCUCUUUUGCCUGGAAGGCUCUCUGCGCGGCGUCCAGUACUUCAGCCGGCAAUCCUGUUUCCUCUUUGUGUUCUGCGAACACACUGCGAGCUGCUUCCAGUAUUUUUGAAGCCAAGUCUACUGCCUCUUCCUCUUCCUCAUGCUCUUCUGCCCCUUCCUGA